AUGAACGUUGAAACCGGGUUGAUGCAAUAUACGAAAUCAGAUGGAAUUUUGCACGUUCGAUCAGUUAGUGAUCUUAGGAUUGUAGAGGCGAAAGUUAACGAGAUCUCAAUUCCAUACAAUUUUAGUCGGAUAGGUUCGGAAAGACGAAAAGCCAGAGAUCUUAGGAUUAGAGUUGAAUAUUUUGACAAAUCUGUUAAACUGCUGAAUACUACGGCUGAAUUGCCAAAGACAUAUAUCGGCUUCUUCAAUGACGAAUUUUCUAUUUUUAAGAGUGCUCUUGCGGUAGAAUUGCAUAAAAAUGAAAAGACUCCUUCUGGCACACCAACAUCCAUUGUGACUAAUAAUGAUUUUGGAGACAGACAAGCGUCUGUAGAAGCUAUAUUAAACAUAUCGGCGGAUUUGUCUAUCUGGGAUUAA